GGUGCCGGGCGCUGCUGCGGCGGGGACGGGGCGGUUCUGCCGCCGAUACCGGCACCGACCCGCUCGGAGCCGAGCCCUAUGCAUGUUACCAAUGGAGUGUAGUAUGUGGACUUGCUCUAAAAGUGGUGCUGAUGACCUGCUCGCAAAUGUGCAGUCACUACAGAACCAGCUGAGGAGAACUGAACAAAACCUCCAGACUGUAGAGAAAGCACUUUCCAGUACAAGUGAACAUUACAGCUGCUGCUUCGAUGAGGUGAUAGACGUCCCUCUGGAGGACUUUGUACAGCCAAAUUACAGUUGUCAGGGCUUUUCCAGCUGUAAGAAGAAUUAUGGUAGGACAUCUCACCAGGAUUUUCAAGGAAAAUCCAAAUCUUAUUCAGUAUCCACAAUUUUGGACAAAACUGUGGAAGAAAAUGAAGAUCUUCAGGAGAAGUUGGUUGCCCUUCAUGAGCAAAAUGCAUCUUUGACUUCUCAGAAUCACCACCUGAAGGACAGAGUGGAAACAAUGAACUUUGAAUUGAUGCAAUCAAAAACAAAAAUUUCAUAUCUUGAGUCCACUUUAGCUGCACACUUAGUCAGCAUUCCGAAGUUGAAAGAACAGAUUGCAAAUUUGGAAGCAGAAGUUUCAGCUCAAGAUAAAAUUCUGAAAAAUGCAGAAGAUAGACUAGAUCAAAAUCAGAAAACAGCAAUGGAAAGAGAACACAUUUUACAAACAUAUCAAAACUGCUAUAAAAGUCUGAAAAUUGAGUUAAUUGAACAAAGCAAGCAAGGAAAGAGAGCCCAACAGCAAAGAAAUGAAGCUCUGUUGAAUGUGGAGGAGCUGACAAGAGCUUUCACCAAGUUAAAAGCAGAAAUAACGGAAAAACUAGAAAAGGCUAAAGCUGAAGAAGUAGUCUUGGGAGAACGUUUAAUUAAUUGUGAAAAAGAAAAAGAGAAGUUGAAUGAAAAGUGUAUCAGCUACAGAAAGGAUGUAGACAUCCUAGAAGAGCAACUAAGACAAUUAAAAGAAGAGAAUCACAGCACAAAAGAAGAAAUUAAAGCUCUAGAGGCAAAGAACACUGAAAUUAUAUCAAAGCUGAGUCAGUCUGAUCAGAAAAUCAUCAAGCUUGAGAGUGAACUUUCUGAAAAAAAAAUAAUACUUGAAGAGAAAAAUGCUCUGAAAAGUGAAAAUGAAGAGCUGAGAGCGCUUACUGCACAGCAACAUAACCACUUGAAAUUAUGUCGUCAAGAAAUAGAGGAUUCAAGGGAAGAGCUCCACAUACUAGAAACCAUUAUUUCUCAGUUGUCUUUAAGUACAUCUGAAGAGUUUAAAUGGCACAAUUUCAAACACCAGCUAUUGAGUUCCUCAACAAAAGAAGCCACCUCUGAAUCUUGUGGUGAAUCAAGUAAACCUUUGAUUGCAGACCUAAGCAUUCAACUGGCAACGAAAGAAGCAGAAAUUCAAAAGCCUGGUGCAAAUUUGACUAUCUGUCCUGGAGCUGAGCAUCUUUCUCAUCGUACUGAAGGACAAGAAAAUAGCAGACUAUGUGACCUUGAAACAGAGCCUGUCAAAUUGAUCAGAAAUCCAGGAGAGAGGAGAAAAUGUCAACAGUUGGAACUUAUAAGCAAACAGUUUGAGAAGGUGAGGCAAAAAUUCCAGAAAGAGAUAGAAGAGCUGCGCACGAAACUGAUAAAAGCAGAUGAUGAGAAUUCUGCCUUGAGGACCAGCAUGGCUCAAAGAACCAGUCAGUUUCAAAUCAUACAGGAAGACCUACUGAAGAAGGCUUCAAAAACUAGUAGCUUAGAGAGAGAAGUAAGAAAGAAAUCUUCUCAGCUUUCUGCACUUGAGAAACAGUUAGAAGAAAAGACUGUUGCUUAUUCCACUGCUGCAGAAAGAAAUGCUGAGUUGGAACUGGAACUCAUGGGAAAAAACAGAUGCAUUCAUGAGCUGGAAACAAUUAUCAGUGAGGAACAUGAGAAAAUAACUUCUGGUUUUGAAAAUGAAAGGUUGCUUCACCUUGCGCAGCACAAAGAAAUGGAGAAACAGAUUGACCUACUUCGGACACAGCUGGAGAAGAAACAUCAGCAGUUCAUUGAACAAGAGAAAAUAAUAUCUCUUUUACAACAAGAGCUUAUACAUAAACAGCAUCACAUCAAAUCAUUGGAUGGGCUGCUAAUAGGAAACAGAGAGGAAAUGGAAAAUCAAAAUGUCAAGAAAAAUCAAGGACUGAAGAUGCUGGAAAGUCAGUUAACAGAAGAAAAAAUCAAAGUGCAACAACUUGAGUCAGCACUAGAAGUAUGUAAGGAGGAAGUUGCACUGUAUUUGAGACAGUCACAAGAAAAUAAAGAGAUGUUUGAAAAUCAGCUGAAAGAAAGGUCUGAAGAGCUUCAGUAUUUACAGAGAGAAAUAAAAAUAAAAGGUCAGACUAUUCAGGACAUGAGUGAGCAAAAUAUUCUCCUGCAACAAACUUUGCAUCAUCAGCAGCAAAUGUUACAGCAAGAAACUAUUAGAAACGGGGAGCUGGAAGAUAGUCAAAUUAAACUUGAAAAACAGGUAUCCAAUUUGGAAAAAGAGCUUCAGAAGCAGAGAGCAUGUGCGGAAGAGGAGUUGCGAAAGGUGGAGGAGAAACUGCGCCUAGCUGUUCAGGAGGCAGAUUCAGAGAGACAGAAGAUGGAUGAACUUAAGUGUACAGUCAGACAGAUUAAAUUAGAGAUGGACCGGUGCAAGAAUGAACUUACUGGCAUGGAAAAAGAAGUAGUGCAAUUAAAACGAGAUGGUGCAAACAAAGCAGUGCAAAUAAAUCAGCUGGAUAUCACUCUGGAAGAAGCAAGAUCAGAGCUCAAUAAAAAAGCAAAUGAGGUGAAUGAUUUAGAAGAGAAGCUGCUUCAAACUGAGGCUUACCACAGGAAAGCCUUAGAGAAAACAGCAGAACUAGAAUCUGCAUUACAGAAUGCACAGUACUCUCUGGAGGAGAAGAACAUUGCUAUCAUGGAUCUAACAACUGAGCUCAGGUUUUGCAAGGAUGAAAUUGAAGACAAAAAGCAGGAACUCCUUGUCAUGGACCAAGCCCUGAAAGAAAGGAAUUGGGAACUGAAACAAAGAGUAGCUCAGAUUACACAAUUGGAUAUGACAGUUCGUGAGCAUAAGGGAGAAAUGGAGCAACAAAUAAUUCAAUUACAGUGCAAUUUAGAGAAGUCAGAGUUGGAAAUUAAGGAAUGCAAUAAACAGAUUGAGAGCUUAGAGAAGAAACUCCAGCAUACUAAAGACGAACUUCGUCAAAAAGAGUUUGAAUUGCUCCAGAGAGAUCAGGAAAUAAAUCAGCUGAAGAAAAAAAAAUGAAAGAUAACAACAUAGCCUAGAAGCUCUUGGAAAGGUACAAGAACUGCAGAAACGACUGCUGCUGCCCAUUGGACAAGCAGCAACCCAGGAAUGCUGUUGCUGGCAUCAUAACUGUGCAUUGAAAGAGGACAUUUUAAAGUUAUAUUUCUAAAUAAGGAAUGUAGUUAUUUGUACUGAAGCAGAUAACAACCUUUUUAUUUUUCCAACUGUCACCGAGAUUGUCUUUGUACAAUGUUUCCAGAACAAUGGUACUACCUUAUCAGCAAUUUUUCUUUGGGAAUAUUUUAUCUUUUUUGUACUCAUGCAGUGUUGCAGACCCAAUAUCUUAUUAAAAUUGACCUGUUUGUAAGAUGUUUUGGGACACUGAUUUGAUCAGACACUGGCAAAACCUGCUUGCUUUACUCCAAGCAGCAUCUUUAAGAUGCACGGGGUUGUGGGAUAGGACCAUGAAGCUUGUUUCUUUUGAGAUUUUUAAUCAAAUGAAAAUCCAUACAAAAAUUCCCAUUGAUUAAAUUCACAUCAUAACUAUGCAUUCUAAAACUUACUUAUUUCCAGAUUUUCAAAAGUACUACACAAUUUAGCUGGUAUUAAUGGCUAGUGGCCCCACUUUUGUAUUUACAUAAGCAUCAGAAAUUGCAAAUGUGCUUUUGAGGCCUCAAUCUAAGUCUGAUUAAUGCACACAUGAUUUAUGAUUCAUACUUCAGAAAUCAAGGUACAAAAGUUAUUUUAUGUAAAGAAGAGGAAACGAAUUGAAUGUAUUUCAGUUUAAAUACCAGGCCUUAGUUAAGUGUUUUGCGUAUUAAAAGUGUAUCUCAGCCAGCAAACCUAUCUGAGGUAUUCCAGAAACUCUGCAAGUGGCAGUUUGCUAAACUCCUUGAGCAGUACUGGCUCCUCCACUUCAUGUAAACAUGUUCCACAAAUGCCACAUGUUCUACAUUCAGUGGUUCUACAAAACCAGCCACACAUUCUGCUACCAUUGACAAGUCAAGAUACAGACAGCAAAAGUAUUUCUGCAGUUUCAGAUUAUUUAUCCUAUUAUGAAAAUUAUGAUGUGACAAAACCCACUGUUACUUACAGAAAUAAAUGUGGUUUAAAUCAAACUAUUUUUUUCUCUACAUAACUGUAAAGGGAAAACCUUAGCAUUAUUAGGUUGACCAGUGCAAUAAUUGCAAAUUAAAGUACUUUUAGUUUUUAACUCUGUUUAUGCACAUCACUUUAUUUUCAUCCUAGAAAUGUAUGCAUUACAUUUCAGACAGAUUUUUUUAAAGCAGUGGAAUAGAUAAGCCCUUCAAACCAGGAUUUCGAGUGGAAAAUAUAACCAAUCUUUAAUUACAGCUGCAUCACACUAGUGGAAUUCCACUAACUAGCAUUGUGUAAAGCCUCAUUAGCUCCUCCUACAUGCACUAAAUAUAAAUGUGCAUGAGCAGCAAAAUCAAUUUGCCUAAUCUCUGAAUCAGCUAAAUAGCAUUUGCACUAAAAAAUUUUGUCUAUAUACUAACUUAUCUAGUUAAAUUGUGGGUCAAACCUGAUAA